AUGUCUGAUUGGGUUUACUCUCCUAUAUCAAUUCACCUGAGUGAUUCAAAUCAUACGUAUGCUACAAGUGGUGUUUACUUAUUCAAUAUAUUGACAGCUGAGUACUUGAUACUGUCUGUCACGGGCUUAUCCAACCUUUCAAGUUUUUCCUUUCGUUUCACAGCCAAUGAGCUUAUCAACCAUGAGUAUAUAAGCUGGGUACCACUAGAAUUGCAAGACGUUAGAUAUUUUAAGGCUCAAAAUCACCAAGACUCAUUUUCUGAAUUUGUGAAGGGCCUUGUUCUUUGUGACGGCUUCACUUUCAAACCAACUGGCAUUGAAAAUCUUUGCUUAUUGACUUUUAAAAUACCAUCACUAAGUGAUCCAAAUGUAUAUCCAUUAUUUGCACCAAGAUACCUUCUUCCUUUGAAUCCUAUAGAUGGUUCAGCUGUCAAAAUUCCUUCAAAUGUGGCCAUCGAUUGCUGUCCGUUCAGUUUAACCAAUGUUUCGAUUUUCAUAAACUAUAAACACCAUGGAACAUUGAACUAUAAGUUUCGUAAUGGAUUAGGAUAUUUCAGUGAUUGUCGGUAUUUUGAUGAUAUAGUUGGAGGUCUAGUGAAAUUAGAUAAUGGAGAAGAUCAAUCAAUUGGGUUAGUUGCUGGCUCUUUGGUCAAAACAAAUGGUGAUGGCUCACUACUUACCGUGGUUUCGUGGUCUUCAAUUUUUGAGUUAUUGAAUUACCCACAAAUUAACUUGAACUCUCACAGAGAUACAGCUUCAAAACCUAAGCACAAUUAUCUUGAAGAUAUACCUGAAUCUGUUGUGCGUAUUUCAAUCCAAACAAUUAAUGAUGAGAACUUUUGGGGAAGUGGUGUUAUUCUAUCAAAUGACUUUAUUGUGACAAAUGAACAUGUGAUGAGGUAUAAUGAGUUGAGGUCACUGACAAUCACAACGGCUAAUGGCAAAACCUUCUCACUUUUUGAUGUGGACCUUAUUCCCUCGCCUAUAAUAGGUUAUGACUUAUACUUUUUGAAGAUAAGACCGUCCAGUUUUGACAUCAAACCUGCUGAUCUAUGUAAUACAUACAAAUCCCAAAUAGAAUCGUUGAGAAUUGGUGCUCAAGUCACAUCAGUUGGAAAUGGGUUAUUUUUUUCAAGAUAUACCAACCAGCUUACACCAUUGCACUCCGUUGGCAAGAUAACUGAUUUGAUAUCUAUAGAGAUUGACAACGGUUUUCAAGAACUAGCCAUGAUUCUUACUUCAGCUGGAUGUUGGAAUGGAUCAUCGGGAGGUGGUUUGUUCAAUAAAAAAGGUGAAUUGAUUGGUAUAAUGACUUCAAAUGGAAAAUUGAGCAAUGGUGAAAUAGUUCCGAACUUUACUUUGGUGAUACCUAUAACAAUAAUUGAAAAGUGUCUGUUCAUGAUUAAAAAUGGAAUUGAUUCUGUUGACGCAAGUGAGAAAAUCAAAGAUUUGUGGAUGCUUAAAAGUAACCAUUUAAACUUUUACAUGGCAAAUGUACCAGCUCAAACUAACAAUGGAGCACCUAAAACACCUUAUAAGUUAUGA